GAUUUAAACACUUGCUCGAGGAGAUGACCGUUGGAGACAGUUCGAAUGACAAAUUUCACUGUCUUUCACGCGAGCUGACGAGAGCUACCAACUAACUUAAACUUUUUCAUAGUCAAAUACUCUGCCUUGGAAAAAAAAGCAUUUCAUAUUAAACAUACACUUACCAGGCUGGAUGAAUAACGCUAGAAUAAGAAGCAGAACGUGGAUUACUUGAAUCGACAAGAACUAAUCAAUCCGCAAGCAUGUAACCUUGAAACACAGCUCAAUAUGGCUUUUAAAUCCAUCCUGUAUGCCCCUACAACUAAAUCACGAAGCCUUACCUCAAACAGGCAAAAUAAAGAAAUCACUCUUUUUAACAACAAGAGGGGCCUUUAAAUAUUAUACAAUUCUACCAAUAUCCUCGAAUACAAGGCAAGGAAACACUUGUACAAGGCAAGGAAACCCGAGUACGAGGCAAGGAAACCCGAGUACAAGGCAAGAAAACCCGAGUAUAUGGCAAGAAAACCCGAGUAUAUGGCAAGAAAACCCGAGUACAAGGCAAGAAAACCCGAGUAUAUGGCAAGAAAACCCGAGUAUAUGGCAAGAAAACCCGAGUAUAUGGCAAGAAAACCCGAGUACAAGGCAAGAAAACCCGAGUAUAUGGCAAGAAAACCCGAGUACAAGGCAAGAAAACCCGAGUAUAUGGCAAGAAAACCCGAGUACAAGGCAAGAAAACCCGAGUAUAUGGCAAGAAAACCCGAGUACAAGGCAAGAAAACCCGAGUACAAGGCAAGAAAACCCGAGUAUAUGGCAAGAAAACCCUUGUACAAGGCAAGAAAACCCGAGUACAAGGCAAGAAAACCCGAGUAUAUGGCAAGAAAACCCGAGUACAAGGCAAGAAAACCCGAGUACAUGGCAAGGAAACUGCGUUUGCACCAAUGUUGGUAACGUGGUAACAUGAUAA